CCUAAAAGGAAACACUCGGAAUUCAGCUUGGAAAACUAGCAUAAGAAGUGACUAGUAUUUAAGAUUUAUCGAAGUGCAUUUUGUUCGAAGAGAUGACAUCUGAUGUGUAGCAACCUCUCAUCCAGCUUGAAGAUCGUGAGAAACGCUUUUCUGGAAGGAAAAUGACGCAUGUUCUCAAUGGAAAUGCCAACCGGGACAGUUAGCUAGUUGCUAGCUUCUGCUGACCGAAAUUUAAAAGCCGUGUCACAAGACAUUUCGUUAGCUAGCUAAUUACUGCCGUCGUAGCAACUGAUAGCUAACGUUAACUAUCUAGCUAGCUAAGUUAGCUAGGUCCCACGCUAACUCGUUGGUCAUUUACUCUUGGGCAAGGAGUCAGAAUGGACAAUGCGGGGUACUGCAGCGAGAGUUUCAACAGCCUGCAGAGUGGCACCAGUGACGAGGACAUGGUGGAGAUCGCCGGCGCCACCUUGGAUUUCUCCAGUACCGACGACGUGCCACCCCUGGACCGUGACUACUGUUCAGGCUACAACGCCCACGGCGGUGGGGCGCAGGUCCUGAACGGCGGGACCAAGCUGAUGGACCUGCUGGAUGAGCCGGUCCCCGGGGUGGGCACCUACGAGGACUUCAACACCAUCGACUGGGUGCGGGAGAAGUCCAAGGACCGUGACCGGCACAGAGAGAUUGCCAGUAAGAGCAAGGAGUCGACGUGGGCCUUGCUGCACAGCGUCAGCGAUGCCUUCUCCGGCUGGCUGCUCAUGCUCCUCAUUGGCCUGAUGGCCGGGGCCCUGGCUGGAGGGAUUGAUAUCUCUGCCCACUGGAUGACAGACCUGAAGGAGGGGGUGUGUCUGAACGGGUUCUGGUUCAAUCACGAGCACUGCUGCUGGAACUCCAACGAGACCACCUUCCAGGAGCGGGACAAGUGUCCGCAGUGGAAGAGCUGGGCCGAGCUCAUCAUCGGAACCGGGGAGGGGGCGUUUGCAUACAUCGUAAAUUACCUGAUGUACGUGUGCUGGGCGCUGCUCUUCUCCUUCCUGGCGGUGUCCCUGGUCAGGGCCUUCGCUCCCUAUGCCUGCGGCUCUGGAAUCCCUGAGAUAAAGACCAUCCUGAGCGGCUUCAUCAUCCGCGGGUACCUGGGCAAGUGGACCCUGAUGAUAAAGACCAUCACGCUGGUGCUGGCGGUGUCGUCCGGCCUCAGCCUGGGCAAGGAGGGCCCGCUGGUGCACGUGGCCUGCUGCUGCGGCAACAUCCUGUGCCACCUCUUCACCAAGUACCGCAAGAACGAGGCCAAGAGGAGAGAGGUCCUUUCUGCUGCAGCAGCAGUCGGGGUGUCCGUGGCAUUUGGGGCCCCUAUAGGGGGCGUGCUGUUCAGUCUGGAGGAGGUGAGCUACUACUUCCCGCUGAAGACGCUGUGGCGGUCCUUCUUCGCCGCCCUGGUGGCCGCCUUCACCCUGCGCUCCAUCAACCCGUUCGGUAACAGCCGGCUGGUGCUGUUCUACGUGGAGUUCCACAGCCCCUGGCACCUGCUGGAGCUGGUGCCCUUCAUCCUGCUGGGCAUCUUCGGGGGCCUGUGGGGCGCCCUCUUCAUCCGCGCCAACAUCGCCUGGUGCCGGCGGCGCAAGACCACGCGGCUGGGCCACUACCCGGUGCUGGAGGUGCUGGUGGUGACGGCGGCCACCGCCCUGCUGGCCUUCCCCAACGACUACACGCGCACCAGCACCAGCGAGCUCAUCUCCGAGCUCUUCAACGACUGCGGCCUGCUCGACUCCUCCAAGCUCUGUGACUACAUCAACGUCAACGCCAGCAAGAGCAGCAACGAGCUGCCCGACCGCCCGGCGGGGAGCAACGUCUACACCGCCAUGUGGCAGCUGUCCCUCGCCCUUGUCUUCAAGAUGCUCGUCACUGUGGUCACCUUCGGCAUGAAGGUUCCCUCUGGCCUCUUCAUCCCCAGCAUGGCGGUGGGGGCGAUAGCAGGCAGGCUGCUGGGGGUGGGUAUGGAGCAGCUGGCGUAUUACCACCACGAUUGGGUGAUCUUUAAAGGCUGGUGCUCCCCUGGAGCCGACUGCAUCACCCCGGGGCUUUAUGCCAUGGUGGGAGCCGCGGCCUGUCUAGGCGGGGUGACGCGGAUGACUGUGUCGCUGGUGGUCAUCAUGUUCGAGCUGACGGGCGGGCUGGAGUACAUCGUGCCGCUGAUGGCGGCGGCCAUGACCAGCAAGUGGGUGGCGGACGCGCUGGGGCGAGAGGGCAUCUACGAGGCGCACAUCCGCCUCAACGGCUACCCCUUCCUGGAGGCCAAGGAGGAGUUCAGCCACAAGACGCUGGCCAUGGACGUGAUGCGGCCGCGCCGCAGCGACCCGCCGCUCUCCGUGCUCACGCAGGACAGCAUGACCGUGGAGGACGUGGAGGCGCUCAUCGCCGACACCUCCUACAGCGGCUUCCCCGUCGUCGUCUCCCACGAGUCCCAGCGCCUGGUGGGCUUCGUGCUCCGCCGCGACCUCAUUAUCUCCAUCGAGAACGCCCGGAUGCGCCAGGACGGCAUCGUGAGCACCUCGCGCAUCUUCUUCACCGAGUACACGCCCCCCCAGCCUCCCAGCAGCCCCGCCCCCCUCAAGCUGCGCACCAUCAUGGACCUCAGCCCCUUCACCGUCACCGACCACACUGCCAUGGAGAUCGUGGUGGACAUCUUCCGCAAGCUGGGGCUCCGCCAGUGCCUGGUCACUCACAACGGGCGUCUCCUGGGGAUCAUCACCAAAAAGGACAUACUGAAGCACAUGGCUCAGAUGGCCAACCGCGACCCCGACUCCAUCCUGUUUAACUGAUACUCCCGCUCAGGGCGUCCUGCUGCCCAGCCGGCCUCACUGAAACCCCCCUUGGGUAGAUAUUUCUUUCACCUUCAGACCAGCCAACUGAAUUGCACUAUUUUCAUUUUUUGGGACGGGGAUGGGGUAGGGUGGGGGGUUUUUGGAGAUGGUUAUGUACAGCACUAUCACUGAGAAGAAGAGAGGUACCCCAGGCAACCCAAUCUGAAGAGCUGGGGAGGGGGGGGAGAUGAGAUGGGAGGACACGCAGUCGGCUUUUCUGGGUUCACCUGAAGCAAGCGCCGGGGGGGCGGAUCGAAGGAGAGGCGAACGAGAACUUCCCAAAACGCAUCGUCCCCCCUCCCCCACCGCGAGAGCUGUGAAAAUGAGUGCGUGCGCCGACAGAUCUCCUCCUCCGCCGCUGCUCGACGUGCCGCAAACUCUUCAGGGAUUUCUGAGCCUGGCGAUCCGCUGCGGUCUGCGAGCCUAGCCUUGCAGCGAGCUGGCCUGCCACCUCCAAACACUGCACUCCAGAGGCAGCAGACUGUCUCCACUGGCUACCAUCAGGAGCAGGCUUGUCCCAGCUUAACGAAGGCACCCGAAGGCUGCAGUGAUAGACAAUCAUGAACUGUACCAAUAAACCACCGACGCGUUCCCGAGACUAAUUCCCAUUGUGAUGAUGCAAAUCAACUAGUGGCCAAUUGUGCGUGAUUGGGCAUGAUUUAAUGAUGACGGAAAAAAAGGAUCACUGUUCAAAAUCCAACUCUCUCUUUCAAUUUUAGGCAAUUUUAGCGAAAGCCGACCAAAUCUGACACCGCUGUGGGGUUUCAAAAUGUCCGUUUCAGGAAUACCUUGGAAAGUGCAGUUGCUGCGAUCACACUCGCGGGAGGCGUGUGGAACUCUCAUGUGCUGCGCAAAGGAUCAUUUCCCAGCAUCAAGCUCGAGCAACAAUCACCCAGUCAACUGGUCAACUGGUUUUUGAUGAGGAAACGCAGAGAAGUUUUUCAUAAAUAUACAGUUUUACAGGACUGUAUCUAGUUAGCUGUUUUACAGGUGUAUCUGGACGGUGUUCAUUGCCUUGCUCAGCACGCGUCCACACUGCACCCCUGUUUCUUGAAGUCCACUAAGCUUGGAUGUAUUUCAUCUGAAGUUACUGAUACAGUAUAUUGUUUAUUAUGCCCGUUUGCGCUUGAUAUUGCUUUCAGAUUGAUUUAGGAAAAAUAGCAGAAUCAUGCGACUCAAGGCAGAAUGUUUCCUAGCUGUCCUCAAAUGAACGUAUUAAACAUGUGAAAAUGGAAACGCAUUGAAUAUGCAAGCAGCUCAGAACAUUUCAGGUUAAAAGCAUAGCUGCGGUUGGAGUGCUGGGCAGAUGGAGUCCUGCUGGGCUCUAAGUGUUUCUGCCCGCCCUCCGCCGGUCUUAUACGUGGAUUGAAAAAUCCAGUCGGAUGAAGUAGGUUUUACUAGUCUUAAUAAUCUACAGGUGGAGCCUGGUUGAUAAUGGUGCAUGACUACAUUGAAGUGGCUCUUCGUUUCAGUGAAGGACUGAAGAUCUUUGUGCUCUUGGCUGGAGCUCCACGCUGCACUUGGCUUCCCUAAAAAGCCUCACCUCUUUGUUUCACUCCUGUAGGUCCGUUUAGUACCAUCCGCUGCCAGGCUUCAGCUGCAGCCAACAAGCUGUCAUUCUCCCCUCUGGCCACAGGGCACCACUGUUGCACAUCUGUUAGUUUUGUCAAAGAUGGUACAGUCUUCAAGAUACGCCACUCCCCCCUGAGUAAUGGGCUUAGCUCUAUGCUCUAUGAGGGUAAAUUGUGUCUUGAGACACAAGGAGUGAACGGAUGUUGUUCAGAAACAGUAUAUGAAAGGUAAAAGCACUAAAUCGCAUUACUUUUUAGUGAGUGAGUGGUUAGGCACAAAUUACUGACCUCUAUCAUUGUACAAUUUAGUGAAAAAGGGAUUUAUUCACACCAAGAUCUUUUCAAUUUUUUUCGUGCCACCAUCUUUGUCUCGGAGUGCCACUAGUGCUGCCUGGACCAGACGCAUGUGGGGAAGACUGAAAAAGUACAAUCAUGAAAACACUACUUUCAUGUUUAUUAUUGUCUGUCCGUGACUAAUUAAGUCAGCUCUCUUUAUGCACUAUGAUCCGAGUCCCAGUCUGACAUGAUUACAGUAAUCACUGUGUCUUUGAUCCACCAACCACUCCACCCCCCCCCGUAUCCCCAGGCAACCUCUUUGCCUUUCCUUCGCCUACUCUGCAGGGACGGGACAACCUGAACAUGAGGUCAUGCGCCCGUUCAGAGAGGAUGUGCAAUAAAAACAUUUGGGAGAGGCUCUGUGACUACAGUAUCUGGCAGAUUCCACUUCUUCCUGUAUGCUCCCCCUUGGCGUUUCUAAGAAACACUUAAGCAGAACAGUGCACCGUUUGAAUUCUUCAACUGGCCCUCCCCAAGCUCCCCAGGGCUCCGGCUGUCGGGCCGGGAUACCUAUUGUUUGGCCCGGGUCGCGGGUGGCUGGCGCUGUACCAGCUCGCCGGGCAGCCAGGAUGUUUUAGCGCCAUUUCCGUAUGCUGAACUCCUUACAAGAUCAGCUUCCGCUCUUGGAAAGUCAACUUCCUGACGAUAAUGGGGAAAAAAAUGGAAACGACAAUAAUAGGGGGGAAAAAGAAGGCAGCGUUGUUGAUGUAGAUUGAGGGGGGGGUCACAGCGUGAGAAAAUGUCACCGAUGGAAAGGGGAGGUCAGCCUGACACCUACGGACAGCGCACGCUGUCAGAGGGCCUGCCACUGCCACUAGUCCCGACCAUCAUGAUGUGCGAUUUCUGCUUUCUUCCUCUGUGUGUCACUGUGUCUGCGAGACAGAAGUGGCAGUUCUUUUGCAAAGCAAAAAGCCCUGAACUCGGGAGUCCUGGAGGAAUAGAGCUCACCUGUCACAGGGAUAGCUGAACAAGUAAUUGCUAGCGAUACAUUUUCAAAGCACUCCUCAGACAUCAUGUUCUUGUCUGUUAAUAUUUUUUUUGGAGGUAUUACAUGUAACAUUGGCCUAUAAUGGAAUGUGUAUUUAUUUUGUACUUGUAUAUGAGAAAAAGAUCUGCAUUUGUGUUUGUGUCAUUCCUUAUUGUGUACGGAUGCAACCACAAAGCAUGAAUGUGACAGAUCAAAGUAAUUUAUUCCCCAA